AUUCUUAUGGUAGCCGCAAAGAUAACGAUAAUAGCUACGGCAGCUCCAACUUGAACAACGAUUCGUAUGGCAGCCGCAACAACAACAAUGACAGUGCCAAUAACGAUUCGUACGGUAGCCGCAACAACAACAACAACAACAACAACGACAAUUAUGGCAGCUCCAAUACCGAUUCGUACAGUAGCCGCAACGACAACAACAACAGCUAUGGCAGCUCCAAUAAUAAUGAUUCGUUCGGCAGCCGCAAUGACAACAACAACAGCUACGGUAGCUCCAAUAAUGAUUCGUACGGUAGCCGCGCCAACGAGAACGACAACAGCUAUGGUAGCUCCAAUAAUAAUGAUUUGGUUGGUAGCCGCAAGAACGAGAACAACAGCUACAGCAGCUCGAACGAUGACUCGUACGGUAGCGGGAACAACAAUUCUGGGUCGGGUCGCGGCAACAACGAUGAUAACAACUACUAAGUCAUUGAUCAAGUUCCCCCCACCCCCAUUCCCCUCUUCAUUCCGUCAUAUUCUUCCUGUCUCCUGACCGCGGACAUGUGGCUUGUACCCCCUCCAAUGUGCAAUGUGG